AUGACCAUCCUUGCUCGGGUGUUUGUUGUGAGACACGGAGAGACGGACUCAAAUCGCAACAGAAUCAUUCAGGGUCAACUGGAUACACAGCUCAAUGCCACUGGUCUUGCACAAGCUGCGGUGACUGCGGAGGCGCUCAAAUCUGUUUCCUUCGACAAAGCUUUUACGAGUGAUCUUCAGCGAGCUUCUAAGACUGCCGAAAGGAUUCUCCAGUACCACACUGGCAUCGAGUUAGUCAAAGACAGCGCGUUGCGAGAAAGGUUUAUGGGCGAGAUGCAAGGCAAGAAGGGGCCAGUCGACAUGAAAGAAAUAAGUGACCUGUCCUCGAUAGAGACAGACGAAGCUUUUGCUCAACGUUGCAUCGCUUGGUAUAACCGGGUGUUAAUACCGUACAUCUCCGUCACCAAACCCGACGUCUCAGGGGGCCAAUGUCGGAACAUACUCGUUCUAUCGCACGGGGCGUUUAUAGCUACGCUCUUUCGCAUCAUGAUCUACAGCAACCAUGUUACGUGUCCCGCAGAGUUGAAGAUUGGAAGCCUUCCUACAUUGGGCAAUACCAGUAUAUCUGUCGUAGAAUACAGGAUAGUUUCGAGAGGGAAGCGUAGAGAGGUGGAAGCUGACAUAUUGAAGUACGGAGAUAUUUCCCACUUGCGUGGACUGCAUGUGAUGGAAGAAAACGCUGAUGUAUUAGUCGAUCAAUCAUAA